AUGAAGCUCUUGGAAAACGCCCGUUUGGACACUCUAAGUGCAGCCAUUUCCACGGACAAGGGAGACAGCCAAAUUGAUGGCAGGUAAGGUAUCUAGAUAAUGAAUACGUCUACAGUUUGUUGUUUAUCUCUGUUUUGAAAUGUAUUUAAAUUUUUUGUAUCUAAUUCCGUUCGGUAAUUCUUCGCUUGAACCAUAUUUGUAUUUCCAAGCUUACCCUACACAUUUGAGAUUGUCAUAAGUUUACUCAGUGUCGAUAAGCCAUUAGCCAUGAACAGCGAAAUUAUCUGAUCCAGAAAAAUAAACUUCGAAGGUCGUAAUGAAUUUGCGAGGCUCAGCAUAUUCCAUAUCAGCUGACAGUCAUUCACUAACUCUAGUGUCGGGGAUCACUUUAUGGUUUAAUAUUUGUCCACUCUCGCUGUAUUUUUAGUGUUAUUUCAACCUUAACUAUCUGAGGCUGUAGAUACUGGUACACGAAAAUUUCCUUCAAGACUUCAGCUGACAUAGCUCUUAGAGAAAGAAAGUUUUGGAGCGCCUGAGUUUUCUUGCGGAAUUGCAAUUUUAAGUUCUUUUAGAAACAAAUUUUUUUAUUGGCUCGAGACUAAUAAAAUUUUGGCUGGGAACUUGAAUUGACUUUUGAUUUGCAUGUGAUGAUUUUCAUUUGAUUGAGGAGAAUAAAUUUAAUGCUGCAUUUUGUGAGGCUUUCCACCUAAAUUUAUUUAAUAUGCUGAUCAAGAACUAUCCCAAAAAUCUGCCAAACUCUGAAUCAAAAAUAAUCUGCGCUACACAAUUGUGGCUCUUACUACCUGUCAAUUGCCAGUUCUGUUGGUUUUUAGUAUACCUAUGUCGAUUUGUCACUUCCAACACAAAUACAGAUUUUUCAUGUUAGAGACUAAUGGCCUAGAAUCAUCAGUAUACUUAUUUUCAAUACUUUUCUCUGUAAAUUUUGUAAGGCACUGAUAGGAGAAUUUGUUUAUUAGUCAAGAGGUUUAGUUGGUGAUCAUUUCCUUUAGUAUGACGUUAGACCCUUCAGUUUGAUUUAGAGGUAAUUUUAUGUGGAGAAAAUUAGAUGAUAGUCACUCUGAGGCGUCAGAGGGUUAAGCAACUGUACCUACAAAUCAGCAACUGACAGGCAUGCUGCUUGUCAGUAUAGAGAAAUCUUUUUCAGUUUGUCAACAACACUCUUAGACAUCAUUGUAUCUGUAUCACUAACUAAACUACAGUAACUCCAGGAUCACUUGUACUUUUGACAACCAGAUUUUGUAACUCCAUCCCAAGGGUCACCACCUUAUCGCGGUGGGAUGGUUUGUGUGUCUCAGUAACCCCUAGAGCUAUGUCGGCUGGAGUCUUGAACUCCUGGUAGGGUCACCCAUGCCGAACAGGUCGAAGGGUAGAGACCAGACAAAGUGUGAUCCCCUGGUGCUCCAGGCUGGGGGUUGGGUUCGGACUGUUAACCCACCCCCAUUAAAAUUAGACAAUCCAUCCUCUAUUUAAAUGGUCUAGGUGGCAGGACCCCACAGUAACAGGUUGACACCUUUAGACAUAACCAGGAAGGAAUCCACAAAUCUGACAAUGGUUGAUGACGUAAGGGAACUGUCAGAGUUCCAGUAAGACUGUUUGUCAAAUUGAAUGGGAGGCAAUGCUAAAGGCCUGUGUCCUUUAUUGUGUGAAGCCAUAUACUAUAGGAUAUGAUAUUUAUGAAUGUAUUUUAUUCCUAGAAUUGAAAGUUACUCUUGUAAGAUGGCUGGUAGUGACAAAAAACUAUAUAAGAGUCUGAAUGAAGGAUGUGCCCCUCAUGAACUUCAGGCCUUGUCACCACCACAAACUACACACUCAGCAAGCAUAUCACCUACCAACAGCAAUUACCCUGCAGUCCUUACUAGUACACGGCAGAGAAGGCUGAGCACAGGAAGUCAAGAGGAAGCUGUGCUGUGUGACACAAUCAGUCGCAAGAUGUUGUUCUAUUUGAUUUCCACCCUGAAUGCAUCAUUUAACCCAGAUUAUGAUUUCAGUAAUGUGAAGUCUCAUGAGUUCUCGCGUGAACCAAACCUUCAAUUGGUGGUAGAUGCAAUCAAUGGGAAUCUGUCUGCCAUUAAUGGUGAGACAUAUGUUGCUCUCAGGGCAGGAUUGUGGAGUGCAAUUGAUGAAGAGAUUAAUCUGGUGGAGUGUGACAUAUUCAGGUAAUUGCAUGGAUUAUAGUAAAGUUCAUAUUUAUAUUAUGAUUUUACCACUUGAUGCCAAAAUAUUUAGUUAGAUGUUAAGGGUUCAUGACUACUGAACUUGAAUGUAUUUUUAUGGUAGGUACAAAAUGUAGGUGGUGAAAGUGUGCUGGAUUUAAAAUUUAGAGGUUCAUGCAGUUUCUAACUUUUCACACUUUCUCUCACAGCCAUUUGUUUCACAGCAGUCUUAAGUUCAGUCACCACACUGUUUUUUUUAUAAUUGGCCAGUUGAUUUGCCACUUACUAGCUAACUAAUAAACAAACUUUUGUUCAACAUAUUACCUAUCCAAUUUGUUUAGGCAUUCCCAAUUACCAAAGAGGUGCCAAAUACAUUAUUACUGAAGUCAAGUUAUUUGAGUGGUUUGUAAUUUUGGAAAUGUUUUUUUUUUUUUUUUUAUUUAUGUCUAGCUACAAUCCUGAUCUUGACUCAGACCCUUAUGGCGAGGAAGGAAGCCUCUGGUCUUUCAACUAUUUCUUCUACAACAAGAAAAUGAAGAGAAUAUUGUUCUUUACAUGUAGAGCAACAAGGUAGGAAGCACAUUUUGUAGAGGAAAAUCUUUAGUGAAGUUCUACAGUACUGUUUAGAGGCUGAGGAACAUAAUCUACUGAAACCCCAUAUUUGUCUUGUUAUUAUGAAGUCCCCUGUUUUAAUUCAGGAAAAUGUGGGGACAGAAUAGUUUCUAUCACAGAUAUGAAGUAGAACUUUAUCCAAACAGUCUGAAGCAACCUCAUAUCUUGAGAUAAUCUCUUUACCUUCCAAGACUGUGCCUAAACUUUGCUUGAAAUUCUUCUGAGACCAGCAAUCCUCUAAAGAGAAAGGAAAAACAAUGCUUUUGCUAGAGUAUUGGGGUAAACAAACUGAGCUACUGGAAACUUGAAAAUACACAUCCUCCUAAUUGUUUCUCUAUUGUAAGAAUUGUUAUUCUUCUCAUCACUCAUAAAGAACUGAUCAAAGUUGGAAUUUACAACAGGUCCAUUGCUCAAUACCAGUCUGAUGAAGAUGAACAGUUUGAAAUGGAACCCAUGGAUAUGGCAUUUGAGGAGUCCUCUUUUAGCGGUAUGGAAUUACACUUGUUAAAAGUCUAA